AUGAUAUUAUUAUCUAAAAGAAAAUUAAGACCAAUAUUAGGUAUUAUUAUCAUAUUUUUGGUAAUUUAUUAUUUUUCGAGGACAGUAGUUCAAUUUCAAUUGAAUCAACAAGUUGAAUAUUAUAGAAAUUAUUUUAACAAAAAUAGAGAUAAUCUACAAAGAGAGUUUAACCCCUUAGAAAUUAAACAGAUACCUGGUCCUGUUAUCGAUGCAUUAUACAAGAAGAGACAAACUGAUGUGAUCAGUCAAAAGGCAGAUCCUAUAGACUGGGAUCGCUAUGCAUAUGUUAACUAUGUUGCUGAAAGAGAUUAUCUUUGUAAUACAUUGAUUAUGUUUAAAAUGCUAAAGGAAGAUUACAAAACGAAGGCAAAAUUGGUCUUGUUGAUUACGACAGAUGUUGUGUCUAGUGUAGAAGGUUCCAGUGCUUUGUUAGAUAAAAUAAAAGAAUUAGAUAAUGAUCAAGUGAUAGUUAAAUUUAUGGAACCUAUCUCUAAGGAGGAUGAUCAAACUACAUGGAAGAAUAGUUUGUCUAAAUUAGAAAUUUUUAAUUUAACUGAAUAUGAAAGGAUUAUUUAUUUAGACAAUGAUGCUAAUUUGAAUGGUAAUCUCGAUGAGUUAUUUUUCCUACCAGAUUAUGUAAAAUUCGCUGCUACUGUGACAUAUUGGAAUUUAAAGGAAUCAGACCUUAAAAAGGCUUAUAAAGAAGUAUUCCAUAUGAAGAAUCCAAUUAAUAUAAAUAAAUAUAUAGAGAGGUGUGUUACAAGGCUUCAAAAUGGAAAAAUGAUUUACAAUCAUUUGCCCAAUUUACCACACACAUUAUAUCUGAAUUCAGAGAAUAUUGGUGAUGAUAUCUUAAAGACAAGAACUGUGUUCUCCUUGUCUAGGUUAUUUCAUACUGUUAAGCCAAGUAAAGUUAAAUGGGCUUCAGAUUUAAUGGUAAUCAAACCAUCUAACGAGACAUAUACUUAUAUCCGUGAUGUGAUAUUACCUUACAAUAUCAAUACUAAAGGAGUAUAUGACAUGGAUGUGGUCAAUGAAUAUCUUUAUAACAUGAAACAAUUAAUUUAUGAUCAUUUUUCUGUUUUGAAAAGUAUUAAACACCAAUAUGUUCCUGAAGUCAUGGUUCUACCAUUUAGUAGAUAUGGGUUGCUAUCAGGUUCGAUUAAGCACAAAGAGCAACAUGAUAUGUUAAAAAAUGAUAUGUUAGGAUAUCGUUAUUUGAAUUCUGAGGGUGAAUAUGCAGCAAAUGAUUUAAAAACUGUAGUCGAGGAGGCUAAAUAUAUCCAUUAUUCAGAUUAUCCAAUUGGAAAGCCUUGGCAAUAUGCGACAAAGGAUGGUCUUGAAUGUAAAGUUAAAGAACAUUCAAAAGAGAAGGAACAUGAACAAGAAAUGUGUAAUAUAUGGAAUUCUGUGGUAUUGCCAUAUUUUGAUAAGAAAAUUAUAUGUUCUUAA